GUCCCCGCGGGGCCCAGGAUUCGCUCGCUCCUCCCUUCUUCCCACCCGGGCUAGGGCGGCGGCGGCAGCAGCGGCAGCGGGGGCGGCAGAGACCAUCACGGGAGGAGGCAGCUGCGGCGGGGCCGAAUCCUAAUGCACCUAGCUAGCUGGUGGUGAGCAGGGGCUUUGGGGCCAACGUGGUGGGCUCCCCAAGGAAACCCCUUUGAAACCAAUGGAUGCAUUCACGGGCUCCGGUCUCAAGAGGAAGUUUGAUGAUGUGGAUGUGGGCUCAUCAGUUUCCAACUCAGAUGAUGAGAUCUCCAGCAGUGACAGUGCUGACAGCUGUGACAGCCUCAAUCCUCCUACAACUGCCAGCUUCACACCCACAUCCAUCCUGAAGCGGCAGAAGCAGCUGCGGAGGAAGAAUGUACGUUUUGACCAGGUGACUGUAUACUACUUUGCCCGGCGCCAGGGUUUCACGAGUGUGCCCAGCCAAGGUGGUAGCUCUCUGGGCAUGGCCCAGCGCCAUAACUCUGUACGCAGCUACACGCUCUGUGAGUUUGCUCAAGAGCAGGAGGUGAACCAUCGAGAGAUUCUUCGUGAGCACCUGAAGGAGGAGAAACUCCAUGCCAAGAAAAUGAAGCUGACCAAGAAUGGGACAGUGGAGUCGGUGGAGGCUGAUGGACUGACACUGGAUGACGUUUCAGAUGAAGAUAUUGAUGUGGAAAAUGUGGAGGUGGAUGAUUACUUCUUCCUGCAGCCUCUGCCCACUAAACGGCGACGGGCCCUACUGAGGGCUUCUGGGGUCCACCGCAUUGAUGCUGAAGAGAAGCAAGAACUUCGAGCCAUCCGCCUCUCACGGGAAGAGUGUGGUUGUGACUGUCGACUGUAUUGUGACCCAGAAGCAUGUGCCUGUAGCCAGGCUGGGAUUAAAUGCCAGGUGGAUCGCAUGUCCUUUCCGUGUGGCUGCUCCCGUGAUGGCUGUGGGAACAUGGCUGGGCGCAUUGAAUUUAAUCCCAUCCGGGUCCGGACUCAUUACCUCCACACCAUCAUGAAGCUGGAGCUGGAGAGCAAGCGACAGGUGAGCCGCCCAGCAGCCCCAGACGAGGAGCCCUCAUCUACUGGCAGUUGCAGCCUGACAGGGGCACAGGGUUCUGAGACGCAGGACUUCCAGGAGUUCAUCGCUGAGAAUGAGACGGCAGUGAUGCACCUGCAGAGUGCAGAGGAACUGGAGCGGCUCAAGGCGGAGGAAGACUCCAGUGGCUCUAGUGCCAGCCUGGACUCCAGCAUUGAGAGCCUGGGUGUGUGCAUCCUGGAAGAGCCCCUGGCUGUUCCUGAAGAUCUGUGCCCAGGCCUUACAGCCCCCAUUCUCAUCCAGGCUCAGCUGCCCCCAGGCUCCUCCGUCCUGUGUUUUGCUGAGAACUCAGACCACCCAACUGCCUCAACGGUGAACAACCCAUCCUACUUGAACAGUGGGCCCCUGGUCUAUUAUCAGGUGGAGCAGAGGCCAGUCUUGGGAGUGAAAGGAGAGCCUGGUACAGAAGAAGGCCCAGCCUCUUUCUCUAAGGAGAAGGAUCUGAGUGUCUUCUCUCUCCCUGUUACCUCACUGGUGGCUUGUAGUUCCACAGACCCAGCUGCCCUCUGUAAAUCAGAGGUGGGGAAAACAUCCACUCUAGAAGCACUAUUGCCCGAAGAUUGUAACCCAGAGGAGCCUGAGAAUGAAGACUUCCGCCCUUCUUGGUCCCCCUCAAACCUCCCCUUCCGCUCGGACAAUGAAGAUGGCUGUGGGGUGGAGACAACCUCACAGCACAGUGAGGACCGGCCUUCGGAAGAUUCUUCCCUAGAACUCCCUCUGGCAGUGUAGCAUGGGGAUGGAGAUUCUGCCUCUUACCCAUUCUCUAUUUAUUCCCUUAUUUUAUCUAAUGCCAUUUCAAAACAAAACUGUAGAAGCA